AUGCCUCCUCAACGCAAAGGGUCCACUGCAGCAGCAGGCCACGUCCUUAGUCUCAACGGGACGCGGGGUGCAGCUAUGCCGCCACCCCCAGAUCCUCCCCUGCCGCAAGGAAUCCUUGAGCCAGAGAUGACCGCGCUCUCGACAUGUCUUCGUAAUGCCGUUACAAAGACAGCCCAGGUCUACGGAUUCUACGCGGAUGCUCAUAAACUCGGCAUAGACAAGUAUGCGCCCAGUCCACCGCGUUCUCUGACCGCCUCACUUGGCCGAGAAAUCGAGAAGUACGAUCAACUCUGCGAUGCAAUGGAAUCACAGCUGCAUCGUGCCAUUGCCGUGCUCCAGCGCGACCUACGUCGUGAGGAGCAGCGGCUACAGGCUCAAGCUGCAGCGGAAGCGCAUCCCCCACCAAUAGACAAUUCCGCGCAACCAAAGACUCCGCCGCUCUCGCCUUCCCUAUCUGCAAUCCAGGCAGGACCUUCUGCAGAGACUGCUUCUAGGGGACAAACACCCAAACCUGUGAUCCCCACGCCAGCUAGACGCCAGUCCACGAUAUCCCUGUCAUCUCUUCAACGCCCGCCGUUCCCGCACAAGCUCGAUCUCUCUUCCGCGACGCUUCGCAUGAAUCCCGAAGAUGUCCUUGUCAGUGGACUCUCUUCUCCGGUUACACUGGCGCCGAAGUCAUCGUACAAGAUCAUGCCACAGGACCUCGUCAUGGGUCCAUUAGGUGAUCCAACCAGUCGCCCUGUAGACAUCGAUCUUACAGUAGGAGAUGACAUAGACAUGCACCAGGCCGCUGAAGUCGCAGCUGCCGCUGCCGCCGCCGCGGGGAUGGACCCUGGAUUGGGUAGCUCCGCGGACAAGCCAAUCGAACUGGACCUUGAUAUGGACAUGGACAUGAGUAUGGAUUUAUUAGGUAAUGUGUCUGCGUCCGGCACCACCAUGGACACAAAUGCACCUCAGAUGGGUCAGUUCCUUCAACCACCACCAGACUUCGUGACAACCAACAGUCAGACUACAGGGCUGUCUCCAAACGUCAGGAAAAAAGAGGAAGAGGACGUCUUCUUGGAUGUUUUGUCUUCAGUUGAUGCUGGUGAUACGAGGGGCCUUUUCGCAUCGCUCGAGCAACCGCCUUCUAGCAAUGCAGGUGACCCCACUCACCUUCACCCGCCUCCUGCUAACUCAGCGGAUGGGGCCCCUUCGCCUGGAUCGAUUCUUGCCGGCCUCAAUCCCUCCUCUUCGCAUCCUGCUGUGUCUGCCACGGGCCAUGAACCCCAUUUCGAUUUGAAUGGAAUGGAUCUGUCGACGUUCUCAACGUUCGACACCGCAUUUUUCAACGAUCAUCCUGCGGAGUCAGGGCUAACAGCAUCGGAAAUGGAGAAUUUUCUCGUCCUUGGAAACCAGAGUGGCGAAGUGAAUAAGUAG